AUGUGUUGCUGUGAGUGUAUGUCGGACAUUUUGCUUGUGGUCGUGUCGGUGCUCUUCCCGCCGCUCCCGGUGUGGAUCCGCAGGGGACUCUGCUCGAUGGAUUCCUUGGUCAACGUUCUUCUUUGCGUGCUCGGAUACUUCCCCGGGUUGGUGCACUCGUGGUAUAUCAUCGCAAAGUACCCGCCGUACUCGCGGCGCAGCGGGCCAAAAGUCUACCACUUCCACCAGACCUCGGCGGACUUGGAGGGCCAACGGCACCACCAUCACCAUCACCAUCACCACUGCAGCCCUGCAAACAGCACCGUCAGCCUGCAGCCGCUGGCCAGCUUCUCGCCCACUUACGGGUCCACUAAUGACUCCUCGGCUCAGGAGGGCUCUUCAAGCGGGGGCCCUGCCGGUGCCCCGCCGGCCUACUCGGAGCUCCCCUCCAAGAGAUAG